AUGUUAUGGGCCCAAUUUAAGUGGGCCCAAAUGGAAAUUUACAGUAGGGGAAAGGGAAAAGCAAAAAUACUAAGCUGUUCUAUUUAUAAUAUAAAACGGGCUAACCAUUUUACCUGUACAAACUUAAAACAUAUAGAACAUAGUACAUUAAAUAAUAAAAGGUUGAAAAUUUUGAUAAAUGAUAAAAAUAAAAAAAACUUUGUUAAUAUUACACAGUUUGAUAAAUGUAAUAUUUAUAAGAACGACUUUAAAGGGACUGAUAUUGAAAACCCUAAUGAGGACAGACAAUAUUUUACAAGAAAUUUUCUUAUAAAUAUGAUAAAUGAAAUAAAAAUUGGAGAUAUAAAUAAUGACCAAAAUAUAUAUUCCCUUUUAAUAAAAUUGUCAAAUGAAAAAGAUAGUAAAGAAAACUUUUUAAAUUUACUAGCCUUAACAGAAUUUUAUAAAACAUCCAUAAUAUGUAACCAAAAUAUAUUAUCAAAUAAAAAUAUAAUAAAUAAUAUUUUAAAUAAUAUAAAUUAUAUAAUUAAAAAUGAAGACUAUAAUUAUAUGCUUAAAUGCUUUGAACUUAUGUGUAUAUAUAAAAUUACCAAUUUAAAAACGUUGCAAAAAAUUAUAUAUACCAUUCUUAAAUAUAAUAAAAAAGACCAAGAUAAAAUAAUUACUAUGAAUUAUAUAAUUACAUAUUUAUAUAACAACCAAAUAUAUGAUAAAUUAAUAGGUAUAUUAUUAAUUAAAUAUAUAUUUUCACAAGACAAUUAUUUUUUUAAUUUUUUAAAUAAUCAAACUAACAUAAAACAUAAUUUUUUAUCCUUUAUAAUUUAUAUAACCAAAAUAAAUAAUCACUUCAAGUCUAUUCACAAUUUUAAAGACUUAAAAAUAUUUAACUUUAUGGAAAUAGACAAAAUUUUAAAAAUAUACUCUAAUUAUUUUUGUCAUGAAAUAAAAUCAAAUUUAAAUUUUACUAACAACCAUAAUAAUAUUCAAGACAUAAUUAUAUUACAAAAUAUAUUUUUAAACUUAAAAUUUUAUGAUCAUAAUUUUAAUUUAAUUAUUAAAGAGUAUAUAAAUUAUUCUUUAACUUAUUUAAACACAUACAAUGUUCUACAUUUAAUGUCAAAUAUGUUACUAAGCUUUACAACAAAUGAUAAGAUAUUAUUUACUCCAAAUAUUUCUUUGUCUAAUUUAAAAAAAAUGGAAAAAACUAAACCAAACCAAAUUGUAAAUAAGGAAAUACAAAAUGAUAUUUCUAUACCAUAUGUUAAUUAUAAUUAUAAAAAUUUUCUUUCAAAUAAAUAUUUAAUUGGUUCGAUAAUCAGAGCAAUUGAUCAUAAUAUAUCUAAUAACAUCCAUGAUAUAGAUAUCGUUUUAAAAUACAUAACACUAUCAUCAUAUUCCCAUUUUAUUUUAUAUCAUAAUUGGUGGGCAAACACUAAUAUAUAUGAUAAAUUAAAAUCAAUAAAUAAAAGAAAAAAUAAAAAAAAUAACAUCAAAGCUCUUAUUCAAUCAAAAUUACCAUUUAAAAAUCAUUUUAUAGAAAAAGUCUCUUACCUUUUAAAUGCUGUCCUAAUUAAAUAUAACUCAGUAAACACAACAAAUAAUUUGCUUAACCAAUUUGAAAAUAAUUCACCUCAACCUACUACCCAUGAAAAUGAUUUAAUUUCUAAUGUGAAUAUAAAUUAUACACCCUUAAUUAAUAAUAAGUAUUUCCCAUAUAUUUUUAAGACAUUUAUAAGAGCUUCAUUACUUGAUUAUAAUUUAAUUCAAAAUGAAAAAUUUGAAUUUUUUUUUCAAAAUUUAUUUACAGAAUGUGUUAAUUCGUAUAUAUCAUUAUAUGAAAAUUAUAAUCCAAACAUAAAUGAUAAUAUAAAAAAUGCAGAAAAAAAAAUGCAAGACCUACACCCUAAUAAUGCUAAUCUUCCUGAGUCAUAUUCAGUAAUUAAUAAUGAUAAUUUAAAAAUACAUGAACAAAACAAGCUAAAAUAUGAAAUGAAUAAAAAAAGCUUGUAUGAAAUAAGCUCAAUAUGUGAAUGUUUUUUUCUCCUUAAACAUUUUCAACAAAAAAAUAAAACAACAAUAAUUGAUACACAAAUUAAUAUGUUAAAUGAUAUUUUUGAAAAUAAUUUGUACAUUUUUUUAGAUCGAAUUAACAGAAUAUUUUUCAACACAAAAUUAAAUAAUUCCGAUCUGAACAAACAUUAUAUUCAUAAUACAUUAUUCGAAAAUUAUUUAAAUCAUGAAAAUUCAUUUUUUAAUUAUUAUUUAUUAUUGAGAACAAUUUUACCUUUACUAUUCAGUAAUACCCUCGAAGAAUGUCUAAACAUUACGAAACAAGUUAUAGCACAUAUUAUGUCUACACCAUUUAUUAAAAAGACAUUACCAUUACCAGCUAAUAUUGUAUCACACACUUUGGUCUAUACUACUACUGGUGAUAAUAACAAGAUCGAUUUCAAGCCUAGUGUUAAUACCAUUUUUAAAAGGUGGCUUAAAUGGGAAAAUAAUAUUAUAACAAUAAAUAAUAAAAGGAAAAUAAGAAAAAAAAUAAAAGAAAAAAUUCAUAUACUUGAUUUUAUACAAGCAGGUGAAUUCAUAAGACCAUCCUAUAUCUAUAUCUUAUGCUUGUAUAAAAUCACAAAAUAUCCAUAUAUAUAUGAAUGGUUUUUAAAAGACAUUUCCCAAACUUAUACCAUACAAUUUGAAACAACAAAGACUCAUAUGACAAAUUUUAUUCAUUCGUUAUAUGACGAAACAAAUAUGAGCACUCUUAAUUAUAUUAACAAAAAUUCAUAUAAUCUAAAUAAACAUACACUAAAGAGUCGAGAAAAAAAAACAAUGUAA